AUGCAUCCAGUUAAAUGCCAAUGGCUUUUGUUACUACUCAUAUUCGCUAUAACAUUCAAUGUCAUCGUACAAGCAGAGGCAGCACAAUCUACUCAAGGAUUAGUUGAACUCUUAAAACGGAGAUUACCUGCUCAUGUGAAUGACUUCGAGUUCAAAAUACGAGGCAAUCAUACAUUGGGGGCGACGAACGAUGACUAUUCUGUAUCUCAAACAUGCACGGGAGUUAUUCUGGUAGAAGGGAAUUCAUUAAGUGCUCUUGCUACUGGGUUACGUAAAUACUUCACAGACAUUCUGCAUGUGGAUAUCUGGUGGUAUAUUGGUUUGCAGCUCCAUCUUGCGCCUAAAGAAUUCCCACCUUUGAAUUCGACAUUGAGAGGAUCAAGUAUUGUACCAUGGCGAUAUCAUUUCAACACUGUUACAUUCUCUUACACAACCGCCUUUUGGACCUGGGAUGAUUGGGAACUUCAGCUAGACUGGAUGUCCCUUCACGGCAUAAACCUCUCUCUCGCCUGGGUAGGGUACGAAAAAACAUUACUUUCCACCCUCCUCACCCUCGGUCUCACCACCACUGAAAUUCUUUCAUUUUUCUCUGGUCCGGCCUUUCAAGCCUGGAAUCGAUUCGGUAAUAUCCAAGGAUCUUGGGGCGGAACCCUUCCACUCUCUUGGAUCGAAGAACAGCACCUUCUUCAAAAGAAAAUUGUAAAACGAAUGGUAGAACUAGGUAUUACACCUGUUUUACCCGCUUUUACUGGUUUCGUGCCAAGCGCGUUGAGAAGAAUAGCACCUAAUGCAAAUAUCAUCAACGGAGGUGAUUGGGGCAAUAUUUUCCCUGUCGAAUACUCAAAUGAUACAUUUCUCUACCCUACCGAUCCUCUUUUCACCACUCUUCAACAUAAAUUCCUCAGUUUUCAAUCCGAAUAUUAUGGGAACGUUACGCAUAUCUACACACUAGAUCAAUACAACGAAAACAAUCCUGCAUCAGGAGAUCUCUCAUAUCUGAGAAACGUAUCACGUGGAACCUACGAAUCUCUCCAAUCCUUCGACCCGUGUGCCGUCUGGAUGUUACAAGGUUGGCUGUUCUACUCUCUUUCAUCAUUCUGGACACAAGAUAGAAUCGAAGCUUAUAUCGGUGGUGUCCCCAAAAAUGAGAGCAUGUUAAUCCUAGACCUCUUCUCCGAAUCUUUUCCACAAUGGGAAAGGACGCAUUAUUAUUAUGGUAAACCAUGGAUCUGGUGCCAAUUACGUGAUUAUGGUGGUACUCUAGGUUUAUACGGUCAGAUUUACAAUAUUACAAAUUCGUUGAUUGAAGCUUUUCGGGAAUCGGAGAAUAUGGUGGGGGUGGGGAAUACAAUGGAGGGCCAAGGAGGGAAUGGGUUAAUGUAUGAAUUGCUUUUGGAUCAGGCUUGGAAUAUUGAUCCUAUUGAUACUGAGGAUUACUUCAAAUCUUGGGUGAGAAAACGAUAUCAUAUUAAAGGGGCAAAGAAACGGUUACCGGGAGAAAUAUACGAAGCUUGGGAUAUUCUUCGAAGAACAGCCUAUAACAACACGAACCUAACUCUCGCUGAUAGUGUACCAAAAUCAUUGCAUGAAUUGCAACCUAAUAUCACAGAAAAUCAUGGAAGAUUGGGACAAUCAUCAACUAUCGAUCUUUAUGAUCCAGAUGACCUAUUCAGAGCCUGGGAAUUGCUUUAUAAUGCAUCAGUAUCGGUCCCGGAAUUAUGGGAAGAUAAGGGAUGGAAAUUCGAUAUGGUGGAUAUUACGAGACAAGUUCUUGCGGAGAGAUUUAAAUUGGAGUAUGUGGAACUGAUAGAGAAAUAUAAGAAGGGUGCUGAUAUCUCCUGUGAUGGUGAUAUUUUAAUUGGCAUACUGGAGAGCUUGGAUGAUGUGCUAUCCGCAUCGCCUCAUUUCAGAUUAGACACUUGGGUAAAUGCUGCAGUUUCUUCUGCACCACUCCCUGCCUCUACAAAUUGCUCAUCCACCUCAAUUAAUAACUCCUCGUUGCUCUUCAAUUCCUCUACAUCGAUAUUAACAUCAAAUCUCACCCCAACCCAACAAUUCUUCGCCUAUAACGCGAUCAAUCAGAUUACAAUCUGGGGACCUACAGGACAGAUUGAUGAUUAUGCAUCUAAGAGCUGGGGAGGUCUAGUACGUGGGUAUUAUCUGCCGAGAUGGAAGAUGUUCUUGGAAUAUAUUGACGAAGUGCGAUUUGAAGAGUUUAACACGACGGAAGUAAAAGCAAGAUUGGAUAGUUUUGAGCUAGGUUGGCAGUUUGGCGGUGGCACAGGUUAUGUUGAAGGGGGGGAUGGUCGGGGAAACUUGAAAGAGUUGGUCGGGGAGUUGUUUGAAGAGUUGGAGCUGUGGGGAGUUCGGGAAGUGGUUGUAGUGUGA